AUGGCUGGGGAUAAUCAAUCGUAUGUCGUUGUUAGUGCGGUUAAAUUUGAUAGCGAUACGAAUCAAACGCUUUGGUCAUCCAAAGACUGGAAGGUCUAUCUUGAUGAUUCCGAUAAGUAUAAGAUAGUCACGGUGUCCAGCAACAUUAAUUUGGAUGGCCACAAUGCCAAAUCAUCGAUGAUGUUAUCAGAUAUCAAUUAUCCACUAGAUAGGGACAUAAAACCAAAGAGUUCAUCCGAUAUUCCCCUAGCCGUAUCCUUUGUGAAUUUUGGCAAUAAGGCAACUGCUUUCUCUGUGUUGGUAAAUCCAAAUCCUCUCAAUGUGAAUCAAGGUGUAAUCUAUGCGCUUCUUUUACUCUGCUUCCUGUACAUACUGAUCAUCUUCGAUAUAGCGGAUCGAACAUUUGCCUCCCUGCUGACAGCGACAACUAGCAUUGGUGUUCUCUGCAUGUUGGGGGAACGACCGUCGCUGGAGAAAGUCAUAUCAUGGAUUGAUAUGGACACGCUAAUGUUGCUCUUUGGCAUGAUGAUAAUGGUGGCCGUGCUCGCCGAGACGGGUGUCUUUGAUUACCUGUCCGUGUUCGCCUAUCACCUGUCGAAGGGACAACCCUGGAUCCUCAUCUUCCUCCUUUGCAUGCUGACCGUGACACUCUCCGCAUUUCUGGAUAAUGUAACAAUCAUCAUGUUAAUGGUGCCCGUCAUCAUUCGAUUGACCGAGUGUAUGGGUCUGAGGACGACGACGGUUCUCAUCUGUGUGGCGAUCUUCUCGAACAUCGGCGGUGCACUGACGCCCGUUGGGGAUCCCCCUAAUGUGAUAAUCGCAACGAACUCGCAUGUGGUUGCCGAAGGGAUUAACUUCCCCAUCUUUGUCAUUCACAUGCUGCCGGCCGUGGUAUUCAGCAUUAUUGCUGCUUGGAUUUAUCUAUUCUUGAUGCUACGACAUAAAAUGUAUGCGGGCAGCGAGGACCAGAUGAGAGAGUCCAUCAGGAAUCUCAUGAAGACGGCGGCCAAAUUCAAUGCACCUACGGCCAGCGAGGAGCAACUGCGUCGUGACAUAUUAAAUCGGAUCGAGGAGCUCAAGGAACGUUAUAGACGGAAACAGGAUGCGAGAACCUUUGGCCUGCAGCCCGCCACCAAUUUCAUCGAAACUCUGGCCGAAAUGGAGACCAAGUAUAAGAUCAAGAACAAGCCUCUGCUGAUCAAAUGCUGCAUCGCCUUGUCAUUUGCCAUUCUGCUGUUCGUAAUGAACUCAUUCCCCUUUAUGAAGGGCCUUUCGUUGGCUUGGGCAGCCAUGCUGGCGGCCAUGCUGCUUUUAAUCUUGGCCAAUAAACCGGAUAUGGAUGCAGUGCUGGAUCACGUGGAAUGGUCCACAUUGCUCUUCUUUGCCGGCCUCUUUGUCCUGAUCGAAGCUGUCUCGGAAAUGGGCCUCAUCGAUUACGUCGGUGAUAUAACAGCUUCGAUAAUCAUCAGCGUGGAUGAGAAGCAUCGUGUGAUCAUCUCGAUUAUGUUGGUACUCUGGAUCAGUGCGAUAUUCUCCGCGUUUGUUGAUAAUAUUCCCAUUGUGACAAUGAUGCUCAAGCUGGCCAUCAAGCUGAACAGCAGUGAUGAUAUGCAUCUGCCACUGUUGCCAAUGAUUUGGGCCAUUUCGAUGGGUGUCUGCUUUGGCGGCAAUGGAACUUUAAUUGCCGCAUCAUCCAAUGUGGUGGCAGCUGGAAUUGCCAAUCAACAUGGCUAUAAAAUCACUUUCAUGGAGUUUUUCAAAUAUGGAUUCCCUGUCAUGCUUAUCUGCGAUGUCGUUGCUACAAUCUAUCUGCUUAUUGCCCAUGGACUCUUCCAUUGGCACUAA